CAGGCCCUCGCGCUCUUCGGCUUCGGCGCGGACAAGGAGACGGUGUACGCGGAGCAGACGACGGCGGUGAUCAACCAAGUCAAGCUCACCCUGGAGCUCCCGGGGGACUCCCCCGAGAAGGCGGCGGCGAUCGAAAAGACGCGGCAGCUGACGAACGCGUGGGUCGCGAAGUACCGCCGCGAUAAGGGCAUCACCGGCCGGCCGUCGUACGGGAACGUGUACAGCGCGCUCAACGCCGUGAGCGGUCACUACAACAACUUUGGGACGAAGUACCCGCUCCCCGCCAAGAGGAAAGAUCGCGUGAUGCAAGAGUUUGGCACCGCCGAGAUCGCGCUCUCUCGCGGACGCUAA